UGAUAUUCAUUACAUUCUUAACUUUAUAAGUCACUGACCAUCCUAAGUUGUCAUAAAUACAAUUGAGCUAUGUGAACUUAGUAUUAUUUCAGAACUUUAUCAAUUGAACAAUUGAAUAUCAACAGCAGAUCUAGAGGAGAAAAGCUUGAGGAGUUUUUAUCAGUCUUGAGAGACUAUUAUACUCUCUUUUUGAGAAUAACUCCAUAUUGAGAAUAACUUCAACAAAAAUGCAACAAAGUCAAAAAGUUAGCACAAAUGAUGUGCUAGUGCAAUCAACAUUCAGGAAAGUUAAAAGUGUACAUAAAAAUCACAGCUCUCAUUCUAAAUCUUCACCAGUCCCACUAUCAAUAUCUCUCAAUGGGGGGGCUGCUCUUACAAGAGCUCGGUUAACUCGACAUUCAUCUCUGCCAGUCAGCAGAAAUCAAUCUUCUCCUUCCACUGUAUCUUUUACUAUUGGAGAAGGUACAGGUAGUACUACAUUAGCACCAGAUGCUAGUACAUCAUCAGGCUCAACACUUGAUAGGAGAUUAUCAAGAAGACUAUCAGAAAGUGCAUCAUUACCAAUGAAACAAGAAUGGGAUCGCAUUAGUAGUAGUAGGCCACGUGGUUCCUUACCUACAAUACAGCAUCAUUUAAGUUCAUAUUCAUCACGUAUUGCAUCUAAGAGCUUUUGGAGCAUUGAAAUGCUAAUGGAUAGAGAGAGGGAGAUGAGUGAGACACAUUCCACCAAAAGCCUACCCUCAAUCAGUAAUGAACCUUGCACUGCAGCUUCUAAUAAUAAAGGAAUCAUGCCAACCACUGGUCAAAUGAUGGAGCUGAAGCAUUCAAAGAGUGAUAUACAUCUUGAGACAAGAGAUUUGUCACCUGUUACGUUGAAAGGAGCAGUAAAGUCAAAACAAAACCAGACAUCAUCUACUGCAGCUGCAUCGCUUAAAAGUAAAAGAAGGAUCUCACUCCAACAUUUGCCUCCAACGACUAAGAAAUGAACUGAUAAACUUAAUUCAUGCACACACAUACAUUUUUUUUUAAAUCUCAUUUCAAUUGCCAUUUGAUUUGCAUCAUA